CAAGCCUGGCUACUGCGACCAAGUUGUUACCGACACGAGUGUGAUUGAUACGCGGGUUGUCGGUGGCGCUCACCACGCACAUUUUUCACUUAAAAAUUAAUUUUAUUGUUAUUUAACUAUCAUUUCAUUUAAGUUUUUUUAUUGUGUUUUCAAAGGAUUUUUUUUUCACAUGUGGGUUCUGUGUGAUGCCAAAAAUUGAUGGAUUAAUAUAGUUUUUAAAUUAUUUUUUUCGUAUGGUUAUUUUUUAAAUUUCUUUCGUCAAGACGUUGGAUGUACGAAAAAUGAAAAAAAAUAGAGCUUUAGUUGGCGGGAAAAAAUAAAUAGACGGGAUGUAGUAGGUUAAAAAAAAAUUGAUAGUUACAUCCCGUGGGACGUUAGGCAGUGCGGAAGCGUGGAUAUUAUUUGAGUUUUAAAAAAAGUGCGGAAAAGUUCAGCCCGGAAGAGAGUCUGUAAGAACUGGGAAAAAUAUAUGUAUAGACACACAUAGAUAUGAGAAUAAGAGAUAAAAUAAAAAUAAAAAAACUGUAGUAAGAAAAAAGCAAGAGGGUGGAUAAGAAAUAAAGGGUAAGAAGGUGGCUGAAGGGUUUGAGAAAAGAGCAAGCGGUGUAAGAUCAAGCAAAAGUGUAGAAAGCGAUCAGAGAACAUGAGAGACGUGGAUACGAUCAUCACGAGCUGCGGGCGCACGUGCGCCCCACGAGGAAGUUACUACUACGAGUUGUCGAGGCAUCGCUUCAUCCGCAUUAGAGUGUAGUCAAGCCCCCGAGGUUUCACUCGUUUGUCGAGCGUGCAAUUUAAAUGAUUUCAUCAUUUAUAUUUUUACUACCCUUAUCAGUGUCAUUGUUAUUAUUUUCAUCACCACCGUCUUUGUUUUCUCGCACAAGAGGUUACAGUAAUCGUUAUUCUCCCACUAAAAUUGCAACCCUCUUGUCACCGUAUCCCGUCACAGGCUUUUGGUUAAUUGUCAUCAACAAGUCUCUCUGCUUUUGACGACUAAACAAAAAGCUCCUGAGAAAAAGUCAUAGUUUAUAUUCAAAUUAAAGAAACAAUUGGGGUGCAAUCACGACUAUAAUUAUUACUAUCAUAAUCAUAAGUCAUUAGAAAUUGAAACUAAAUAUAUAUAUAAAUAUAUAUUUUCUACAAUCGGUGGAAAAGUGGCUUUUAAUGCACGGACAAGGGAUGAGAGACAUUCGCCGCGAGGCAGGAUUACCGCCGGUCAACAAGACACUCAACGCCGCGGUAUUACUCAGACGAUCCUUUUGUGUCCUUGUACUUGGCCUUAUCGGACAAGCCAUCGGAUAUGGAAGCUCCAAAACCCAUCCGUAUCAAGAGACAUUCACUUCGGGUCCAGCGUUCGUCCGGCCCGUCGGCAAUCAGACAGCAGCAAUUGGACGUGAAGCUGUGUUUUCUUGUUACGUCCGUAACAUCGGAAAAUACAAGGUAGGAUGGCUGCGAGCGUCUGACCAAACUGUUCUCUCGUUGAACACACGAAUCGUGACCCACAAUAACCGUAUCGCAGUUUCUUAUGAAGCUGGUGGUUGUGCUGGCACGUCCAAUGGUAUCUCUAUGGGUUCUGGAAACACGGGUAGUAUUGCCAGUGGUAGCAGUGGAUCGGUACCAGUAAUAGCGGCAGCAGUAGCCGUACCAGUUCAUGGCGUGAUUGGGAGCAAUCAGGUGAUAGACGAGGGCGUCAACUGCACGUGGCGGUUGCAUAUUCGGCAUCUGAAAAAGGCUGACGAGGGAUGCUAUAUGUGUCAAAUCAAUACAUCACCUAUGAUCUCUGAACUCGGAUGUUUAUCUAUUUUAGUUCCACCGGACAUUGUUUAUGGGGACGAAACGAGCAAGGACUUGUCAGUAUCGGAGGGCGAAAACGUCACGCUCAAUUGUCAAGCCACAGGGACACCAAAGCCGAGAGUUUCUUGGCGACGGGAGGACGGGCAGCACAUCCUCAUCAGGAAUUCGACCUCGUUCUCGAGUUCCUACAGUGGAAAAAGCUACAAUUUUCAAAAAGUUGAAAUUUACAAUGAGUCAAAGCUGCAUUUUUAUCGAGUGGAUAGACAGCAAAUGGGUGUUUAUAUGUGUAUUGCAACCAAUGAUGUUCCACCUACUGUCAGCAAACGUGUCGCACUCGAAGUAAAUUUUGCACCGACGGUGCAAGUUCGGAGCCAGCUGUUGGGAGCACCAUUGGGUACUCGAGUGCAAUUGGACUGCUCUAUCGAGGCACAUCCUAAUACGAUAAACUUUUGGGAGAGAAACCGAACGGAAAUGCUGGUCGACGGGCCAAAGUACGAAAUCCAUGAAGAACGUUCUGGCUACCAAGUAGUAAUAGCACUUGUGAUAAAAAAAUUUACCGAGCAAGAUGUGGGUACUUACGUCUGCAUUGCUUCGAACAUUUUAGGAAAAGCCGAGGGUACUUCAAGACUCUACAAAAUAAAUCUCACCGACGACGUGUCAAUUAUCGGCGGAUUGGCAGAGGCAGCUCGUGGCUCGAGAUCAUCAUCGAACACACGGCCAAGCAGCCUGUUCUUUAUAUCACUCGGAGCGAUAUCACUAUUCUCCCAUGGCCUCUGUUCGCUGCGGUGAACAGAGUACAGUAGCAGUCAACCUUUAUUAUCCUGAUGAAAGUGUGUGUACGGCUGGGGUGCAUAUCGCGCUAAAACAACGGCCGACUGAUCAACCACCGAGUGAGCGAGCGAGGGAAUAAACCAACCAACGAGUAAGUCAGCAAGCUCCAAGCUACACUGACUCUACAUCAAGAGUAUGCACCACAAACCAGCUACUCGUCUACUCAUCUACUCAUCUACCGCAGAUAGUAGCUGCUCUCAUACAUAUAUGCAGCAUCCACUGUAGAGAAAACAAAACAGUUGUGUGCCAAAGAUCGAUCGGAGCCUCAUCAUAAUCAUCGAGGUUCCUCUCUCGUGCACCACCACCAGCAUCCCUUUCAAUCAAUCGGCAUUAUAUGUAUCUCGCCUGUGCUUCGCGCCUUUUUUCUCAUCUCAUCUAUGCCUCUCUUUACGUUACCUAUCAUCAUUAGACACACGCACGUGUUAACACACGCGAAUCUAUUUAUAAAUCUCCCAUUGAUUGCCGUCACACUUUAUCAACAAAGAUUUAAAAAAAAAAACGUUAUCGACAUCAGCAUGUGCCAAAGAAUAAAUAAAUAAUUAAAUAAUAAUAAUAAUAAUAAUAAUAAUAAUAAUAAUAAUUGAAAGACAAAGGAUAGAAAUUAUUUCAUAUCACGAGACGUAUCUUUUUUAAAACAUAUCGUUUGUUUUACAAAGUGAGUAAAUAAAUAAAAUUAUAUUAUGUUAAAUAAAUGGUAUAAUGGAUCCUCUUUAACAAUCGGUUUAUACGGGAGUACAUAAUAAAUAUUAAAUGAUAAAAGUGGUGGUCGGUUUGCUCAGAACUUACGAUCCCAGAGGAUUGCAUUUGUUAGAAUAAUUUUACGUGCGAUUUAACGUUAAUACCAAAGCCGCGGAAGUUUAUUUGUAGCCGCAAUAUAAGCUAUCGCAAUGUAAAAGCGACACAUUUUAUUAAUGUACGUUAGAGUUGGAGAGGACAAUAUGUAUAUGUUGCUGUGUAAUUUAAUCGUAUGGAUCUGUAUUUAUGUAUGUAAAAAUUUUGAAUGUUUGUGUUGUAUAAGUGUGUGUAUAUAUAUACAUAUAUAAUAUAUAAAAUUAUUUUACGUUGUAUGCAUAAUAGUAUUGUUUGUAUAUUUAUUGAGCAGAAAACUCCAUUACAACGUUAUGUUAUUUUUCUGUGUUGUAUGCUCGAGUAUAGUCAACUGAUGAACUUUCAUAUGUACAUAUAUAUAUAUCAACAUAUAUAUGUAUUGAUGUUCCGUUUAAACAUUGAGAUAUCAGCUCUCUAUUUUAUUUUCGCUUGCCCAGUGUUCGGCAUACGAUGCACUCGACUGAUACUAUCAAACUGAAUAAAAAAACUAAAAUAAAUAUAUAAUAUACAAUAAAGUGAAAUAAAAUGGAAUAAUAAUAAUAAAAAAUGAAUAAUAUAAUAGAAUA